AUAGCAGCAGGAUCCAUUGAUCUUUUCAACAUGAGCCUACCAUACUAUCAAGGGUUCGGAGGUACCACAGAUCCAAAUGAAAGGAGGAUUGUUCUAGUUGGGAAGACUGGUGUGGGGAAGAGCGCUACAGGAAACACCAUUCUGGGGAGAGAAGCGUUUGAAUCGGAGAUGUCUCCAUCUUCUUUGACGUCUGAAUGCAACAAAGCUAAGGGUUUUGUUGGAGGUCGAAAGGUUGCAGUUAUUGACACUCCAGGGUUAUUUGACACUAAUUUCACCCAAGAAGAAGUGUUGAAGAGAAUAAAGAUGUGCAUCUCUCUGUCUGCUCCUGGUCCUCACGCCUUCCUGGUGGUUCUUCAGCUGGGCAGGUUCACCCAGGAGGAGAAGGAAACCGUCAAGAUGAUUCAAACAACUUUUGGUGAAGAUGCAGCUAAAUACACAAUGGUGCUAUUCACACAUGGAGACCAGCUGAGGAAGCAAACCAUAGACGGCUAUAUUUCAGAGAGUCCAGAUCUGCAAGCCCUCAUUCGGAUGUGCCACCGCAGAUACCAUGUCUUCAACAACGAAGUCAAAGAUCCUGUGCAAACCAAUCAGCUCCUGGACAAAAUUGACAAGAUGACUAUGGCAAAUGGUGGAAGCUACUACACCAGCGAAAUGUUCAUGAAAGCAGAGGCAGCCAUAGAGAAGGAGAAAGAGCGACUCCUGAAGGAGAUGGAAGAGAAGAGGCAGAGAGAGCUGGAUGAACUGAGAGCCAAAUAUGCAGGACGGGCCUUCUGCAGGGAGGAGAAGCAGCUUCAUAUAAGAUACGAGUAUGAAGCCAGAGCUCGAGCUGAAAGAUCAAACGAAUUUGUUGGUGCUCCGGCAAUAGUUAUAGCCACGGUCUGUGGUGCUGCUGUCGGAGGUGUGUUAGGAGCUGCAGGAGGUCCAGUUGGUGUGGUAGUUGGAGCUGCAGCUGGAGCAGCUGUAGGAGCUGCUGUUGGUGUACUAUCCGUAAAGGUUUCACAGCGUUGCCAUGUGCAAUAAGGACUAGGCUUGGGCUUGGGCAUUAAGAAAUGUUGUUUUUCAAUACUGUCAUAAAUACAGGCAAUCCUCUUUCUAUUAAACUCAUUGUAUGAAGUGUCCAGCAAGCACCACCAGAGCUCAGUCUCCGGUCUCUACUUGUGGAACAGGCAGUUGAGCUGAAAGACACAGUGACACCAAGUGGUGGAGGGAGAAGUUAUAGUACUGUAAACAGCUGGCAGCCAGCAGGCAGAGAGAGACCAUGAGGAAUAACAGCAGGUUCUUCCCAUCUAACUUGGUGAAUUAAAGAUUUAUUUUGACCAAACCGGAGCUGGUGAUUGUUGGAACAGUGAACUUACAAACGAGCUGACUUCAGGAGGGUAUGGAAGAAUGUAAAAGUAGAUACCGCUCAAGUCUAACGAGGACCAUAGAGAAUAAAGUUAAUCAGUGGUGUUUUAAAUCUAAUUCUGUAGUCACAUAUAAUCUGCUAUUGCUUCUUAGUAAACUCUUUGCACUUAUAAUUUGUAUUAAAGAUGACUCUCAAAAUCCCUUUUUUUUUGAUAACUGAAAUAUUUUGUAUCUUAAAAUAACCCGGUCUCAUUCUGAAGUUGUCAAACAUCACUUCUCUGUCAAUGAUUUCCUUUUCAGACACUGACAAAAAAGCUAUCCUUUCACUGUGGUAUGAUCAGUGUGUAAUGAUGUGAGACGGCAUCAGUUUGAAAUGUAUUAAUUGCCUAAACCUAACAACAUGCUUUUGCUGCACAAGGACAUAAAUGUAAGCAUGGAAUUUUUAAAUCAACAUUGUACUUUUAUUGAAAAAAAAAAAAUCUGCGCCUAAUAUGCAGAAUUUGCACAUUUCCUGUGAAAACAAAAGUGUAUUUUGAAAAAGAUUUUGCGUAAAUUGAACAUCAACAACAGUUGCACCCAGGAUACCUAGUAGAUGUCAAAAGUCCACUGAACAUGCGGUGAUAUGUGACAAGUUGGGAGAGAGAGUGUGUUCUUUAAAAAGGUAGAACUGACAGACUUGUGUAUUGACUGUAUAAUAAUGUAUAAUAUGAUUCUUGUACUUUGCAUGAUGGAUUGUCACUUAAUGAUUGUAUAGAAUCUAAAUAAACUGUG